AUGGCCGCUAUGGAUCCGAGAAACAACGGCUACGUUGAUCCGCUAAAUGAGCGGGAGAGAGAUGAAGAUUUGGAAGUUGCUGAGGUGGUAGAGGUUCAAGAUGAUCAAAGUGUGGUCUCUCUUAAGUCCAACGAUUCUGAGUCUAAGAAGAAGACCAUCAUGGAGAAUAAUGGAUGGACAAACGCAAUCAUUUUGCUAGGAAAUCAAGGGUUAGCGACNUUUACGACAUUUUCUUGGAUCUAA